GCGGCCCAGCGGCAUCCCGGAGGCGGACGCCCGCAGCGCCUUGGUGCCGUUCCUGCUGAAGCAGCGCUGCUUCCUGAGCCGGGAGCUGAGCCGCGGCCGGGAGGAGAACCGCGCGGCGGCGGCGGCGGUGCUGGAGGGCAGGGAGCGGAUCGCAGCGCUGCGGCGCGGCAUCGCAGAGCGCAGGGCGGCGUGGCAGGCGCUGAGCCGGGAGCAGCGGGCGCUCACAGCGGCGCUGCAGCCGCCCCAGGAGGGGCGAACGGAGCCGCUCGGCGCUCACACCGGGGGACGCUGA